AUGAUUGGCUCGUUCCGUAUCGUUUGCACGAUGCUAGUUCUAGGGAUCCCUCCUCCGGGGGUAUCCGCUGACGUUGAUGAAGACACUCUCAGAAAAGCUAAGAAUCAGGAGUAUUUCUCUCUUCCAUACGACGAAGACGAAAGAUUGAUCAAGUUCGUGAUUGCCGAAGAAAGCACGGCUCUUACCUACGAGGGCGCCAAAGAAUUUUGCCGAAAAGAAGGUGCUUACCUGAUAACCAUCCAUUCUUCCGCGGACUUGAAGAAAAUAGCAGUAGUGAUGUGCGCUUGCUAA